AUGUGCCCUCCAAACGCGGCGGGGUCACGCUGGCGCGUCGCCGCCCUGCCGCGCGUCGCCACCUUGCUCCCGCCCGUUCCAGACGCUUCGCCACUCGCCACGAGGCCACCGAGCCGCCCCUAUAAGAUAAGCCACCGUCACAGACUCCCAUCAGCUCACAAAGCGAAACAGAAGAAGCACUCACCCAGAGAAAUCCAAACCACACUCAGAUCGUCGCCACUCUCUGCUGAUAUCGCCCCCAGGCUAGCAGCCAUGAUGGCUUCACGAGCCGCCGCUGCUCUCCGCACGGCCGCCCUGCAGGGCCACUUCCGGAGGUCGGCCUCCACCGCGGCGGCGCACGCCGAGAGGCCCAAGGCCAAGCCCAUGGGCGACUACGUGCCGGUGUACGUGGCGCUGGGGAUGAUCGGCCUGGCGGGGGCGCUGGGGCUGCACACGGCGCGGCAGCAGCUGGCGCACGCGCCCAACGUCUGGGUCGACAAGCGCAAGCGCGAGGCGGUGCCCGAGGUGGCGGACCCGGACCUCGCCCUCGACGAGGCCGAGCGCUUCGUCGGCGGCUCCGUGUUCCGCAAGGUCGCCCACGUCCAGGACGACCGCUCCCUCACCGCCGGCGUCGCCGACCCCGUCGCCGACUACCCGGCCAGGAAGGCGGUGACGCUCAAGGACGUCGGCGUAGACCCGCCGGGGAUCCCCGAGCAGAGCAGGGAGGGCGUCCUCGACAGGAUCUUCAAGAAGGACACCGCUUAA